AUGCCUUCUCAGGACAGUUCCACUCCACACCAGCCCCGAUCCCGUGCCAAACAGGCGUGUCUCCACUGCAACCGCCGGCGCAUCCGCUGCAAUGUGCAGGAGACGCGCCCGUGCCACAACUGCAUUGCCACGAACGUCCCCUGCACUAUUGGCGUGUCAAAACGGGGAAAGUACCCCCGUAAGAAGACUGCCCGACACACUCCCAAGACCUCGACGCCUUCGCAUUCGCGUUCGCCUUCAUCCCACAUCGAAGACAGCAAAGUAUCCUUGUCACUAGCAAAUGAACAGCACAACCUACCACAGAGAAAUUACCUCGGCUAUCCUACGGCCCCGCUGAUAUCCGACCAAGCAGACGACACCCACCAGACCGUCUUUCUGGGCGAGUCCAGCCCCCUCACCGUCGUCAUCGACGAGGGCCAGCACGCAUCCCCAGACACAUCGACCACCACCACCAUUCCACAAACUCGUCUCUGUUACCCCAUCCCCGGGCGCUCAAAUGUCUCGCACGCGCGCGACGAAGCCCUGCGCGCUCGCAAAGUGCGAUUGGAGCACCAACUCCAAGCAGACGGCGCAUUUUCCUUCCCCUCACCCAGUACCUGUGCACUCCUGCUACAAGCGUACUUCAACUGGUUUCACCCAUGUUUCCCCAUUCUCGACCGCGCGAAUGCACAGUCUUCCUACCUCCAGGGAAGUCUCUCACUCUUGCUGCUGCACGGAAUGCUGUUUAUCGGCGUAAGUCUCUGCACGGACGAUGCCUUAGCCCAGACGGAAUUUCUGGACCGCCACUCAGCGAAGUUCCUCUUCUACAGUCGUGCGAAAGCGCUCUACGAUGCGGACUGGGAGGCGGACAAGACGGUGAAGCUGCAGGCGUUGUUUCUGCUCAGCUUCUGGCGGGGAGGGCCGUCUGAGGACAGGGGUAUCAGGUAUUGGCUGGGGAUUGCCAUUAGUCUGGCGGAGAAGCGAGGGAUGCAUAUGAUGGCAAAAUUCUCGCUUCGGUCGGCCAAGGAAGAGAGGCUUUGGAAGCGGAUCUGGUGGGCGCUUUAUACACGCGAUCAGCAGAGUGCAGCCGCACUGGGUUUGCCGCCGCGCAUCCGUGAUGAGGAUUGUGAUGUUGCUAUGCUUGGGUCAGAUGAUGUUCGGGAGACUGAAGUGCUGGAUGACACGUCCGUGUUUGGGGUGCAGCAGGUGGGAGAUCUGGAGUAUCCGGUGGAAAUGGCCAAGCUUGCGAGAAUACUCCGCACGAUUGUCGCAACACAGUACUCCCCCAGCCGAUCGCAACCCAGCCAAGAGACUCGAAGCAAUCUGCAUCACCAGCUGAUCGAAUGGGAAUCGAAUGUUCCGGUGGAGUUGAAACAAGAGAGUGCGGUGACCCCGCGGGCUAAGUUCCUCACUGGACUAAUGUAUAUGACUUACAAGUAUGGCCGAGUUUCCGCUGGUGUGCUCUGCGACUCACCUUGGGCUAGUAACCUGUAUAUAUUGCUUUACCGACCACGAUCCCUUCGCCCUCUGGAAGAUGGCAUGAAUAGACACGGCCAGAUCGCCGUCGACGCCGCCACACGAAGCACGAGAAUCAUCGAAGAAAUGCUGUCGCACAACCUUGUGCAGCACGGGCCGACUCAUUUGAGAGAGACCGGUACUGGCCGCAAACUAGCCGAACACCGCGCAAGGCUCUGUCUGCUAGGUCUGCAGGAGUUGCAAAAGUCGUGGGAUCUGGAGAAUUGGGUGCUCGAGCUUUUCUUCCGGCGUCUGGAUGAUAGCACGGCCCGCACUUUACGGUUGACGGAUUGCAACAGGCAUGCGGCGGAUUUCACGCGUGACACCGGAACUCAUGAAAAGACAUGCCCUCCAGUGAUUGAACCACAUGAUGAGGGGUUGGUGAAGUGGCUGCUUUCGAUUGGGUCCUACAACCCCGCAUCUUUCUGCACUGCGAGUACAAACAAUCCCAUUCACCUCAGCACCAUGUUCGGAGACUUCCCCGUCAAAGACAAGAUCGUUGUGAUCACCGGCGGGGGAUCUGGCAUCGGUCUAGCAGCCGCCCAAGUCGCCGCCUCCAAAGGCGCCAAGACCAUCAUCGCGGACCUCAAACUGACCCCUGCAGCUGAAACCUUGGUGAAUAGCACCACCACCACCUCAAUCCUCUUCCAACCCUGCGACGUCCGCAACUGGGCCGACCUCGAAGCUCUAAUCCGUGCCUCCCUGGACAAAUGGGGCGAUGUACCCGAUGUGUAUAUCCCCGCCGCGGGCGUUUUUGAUCCUGAAUGGUCUAACUUCUGGGACGACACGGAAGAGACGGGCUACGCCGCGAUGGAUAUCAACGCCAACCAUCCCAUAAAGUUGACCCGCAUCGCGAUGCGUGAGUUGCUGCGCGCGAACAAGAAAGGCGUCGUGUGCUGCGUCUCGUCCCUGGCGGGAAUUGCGGCGGCGCCGGCGGCGCCCUUGUAUACGGCGGCUAAGCAUGCGGUCUGGGGGUUUGUCAAGGCCAUGGCGCCGUAUGAGGCGAUGGAGGGGGUGAAGGUCACAGCUGUUUGUCCGGGAGCCGUGCGAACGCCGCUCUUCACGGACCGCCCGGCGGCGAUGGAACAGUACUCCCUCGUUGAUAAGGAGCUGCUCGAUCCGGCCGAUGUUGCCGAGUGUAUGUUCCAGUUGAUCGAGGCAGGGGAAUACGGAGGAGGCGCGGUGGUGGAGAUCUGGGCGCGUGGGCCCGAGGGUCGCCGCGUGGUGCCGGAGUGGAACAUCGCGCCCAGUCCGUACUUCGCAGCGCAUACGCCGGAGGUGGUGGAGAGGAUCUUUGCGCCGGUGAGGGAGAAGCUGGCGAUGGAGAGGGGGGGUGGGCAUUAGCCUGCACCUAUACCUUCAACCUCGCCUAUCGCCUUAUCACCGCACAUACUGUGCCGUUCGUUCACACAUGAUAUUCAGUACACCCUAUACACCCUAUACAUGAU